ACCAAGCCUUCAUGAUAUAAUCUAGAUUACACGAUCAAUAACCAAGACUUCAAAUUUGAAAUAUGUUGAUUAUUAUUUGUUUUCAGGGUAAUUUUAUAUUUUUUACCUUCGUUUCUGAUGGGAAACAGCUUUGGUUUUUUACUGAUCUACUUGUUUUUAUUUUCACUUUUCAUAGAAAGUCCUUUUUCUGUCAUUUCAUAACCCCGAAAGUUGGUCCAGCGUCAAGAACAAAACAAGCUGAGGUGUUGUUAGUCUGGUAUCUUCUUCUGUCAGGACCUGUCGAGAACUAAAAAAAUAAGCUGCUUUUACUCUUGUCUGGCAGUAAUUUCAAAGUUACCACCAAACAAUGUCUGUUCCACGAUUCUUGACCCUGAACACUGGAUGUCGAUUUCCCACUCUUGGACUUGGUACCUACAUGCUGCAGGGUGAUGUAUUAAAGCAGACUUUGGACUUUGCUUUGUUCUUGGGCUAUCGGCAUAUUGACACUGCUGCUUCAUAUGAAAAUGAAACAGAAAUAGGCGAGGUACUUGGAGACAGGAUUCAGGCUGGGAAAUUAUCCAGGAAAGAUGUUUUCAUCACCACAAAAAUACCCAGUACUUGCCUCAGGAAAUCAGAUACCUUGGAAUCUGCUCACAAGUCCUUGAGUCAGCUGAAGAUGAAGAAUGUGGAUAUGCUUCUUAUUCAUCAUCCAUGGGGACAAGUGAAAAGAAAGGAAGGAGAGAACGCCCCUUUAAUCAACAAUAGUACCGGAAAACGUGAAAUUGAAAAAGUUGAUUUCAUAGAGACAUGGACAGCCCUGGAGUCUCUCUUCAAGGAUGAUUUUACAAAGAAUAUUGGCUUGUCUAACUUCACUAUAGGGCAGAUACAAAGAGUUUUAUCUGCUGCCCAAAUCCCACCAGCGAACGUUCAACUUGAGUGCCAUGCUUAUUACCAGCAGCAGAAGCUGAAAGCUUUCUGUGAUUCCAAUGACAUUGCGCUAAGCGCGUAUGCUCCUAUUGGGGCUGUCAACAGACCUGACAUUCAUAAGCACAACACAGAGAACUUAACGGAAGACCCUUUGAUCAUAGAACUAUCGGAAAAAUAUGAGAAAACUCCUGCACAAAUUCUUCUGAACUUUUUGCUAUGUAGAGGAUUUGCUGUGCUGCCUAAGAGCUCAAGCCCAGGACGUUUAGAGGAGAAUUUUAAUGCACUUAGUUUUGAACUCUCCGAAGAAGACAUCAAGAAGAUCUGUACUCUUGACAGAGGAGUGAGGUUCUACAACUUCUUGUAUAUUCACCAUCAUCCAGAAUUUUUUGAGAAUGAAGAAUUUUGACAACAUUGAGAAACUAGGUAGUGUAAUCUGUGCCAUGCAAGAUAAGGCCCAAAUGAUCUCCUUCUCCGGAAUAGAUAUUUUGCUCACGUGAAAGAAGAUAUUCAGGCCAUCUUUUUUUCUAAAAGUGUUCCUCAGCUUGUUACAAUAGUUAAUGUGGCGGUAUUGGAGAUGUCAAUAAAAGAAACCCACUGACUUAAGCUGUAUUAAUAAGAGUAAUAAAAAUAUAUAUGCUAGAUCUGGUGCUGAAAUCACUUCUUCAGCAGGUAGUUUGGUCUGUUGAGCCUUCUGACAUAAAUAUCUGGGAAUAAAGAACGUAGGCUGGGUGUAUCAUUUAAGGGAAUUGAAACAUUUUGAAAUUGAAAUGUAUUAAUGCACAGCGCUCUAAUAUGUGUGCAGGUAAAAUUGGGAAAUUGUUCACCAUACUACAGUUUAAAUUUUUUUUCUUCUCUACUUGAUAUGAUGUGGUAUUUUCAAAUGUCAAGAAAAAGGAUGUUACAUAACUUGACAAAAGCAGUCAUAAUCUCAAAAGUAUGUGAAAAUUGUGUUGGAGUGUAUAAAAUUAAGUUAAAGUAGAAGGGGAUUUGUUUGUUACUAUUAACCAGAAGUUUUCCCAAACCUGAAGGAAAUUUUUUGUCAGUGGUGAAAGAUGGUAUAGUUUGAUUCUGCUCUCUGCCUGUCCUGUUUAUUUCUACUUCUACCGUUUGUCAUGCUUCUUGCUUUUUAUUAAACCUUUGCAUUGAUGGAUUAUAAUCGUUUCGUUUUAAUGAAAAGUUUAUUUUUC